GAGGGAAGAGUCUACUUCGACGGCAUGCCUACUGACUCCAUCAAUCUCGAUGCGCUUCGUGCGAAUAUCACCGUCAUUCCACAGGUGCCCGAACUCUUGGCAGGUAGUCUCCGCGAGAACCUGGAUCCUUUCUCGCAGCACGACGAUGCGACUCUGAACGAAGCCCUGCGUUCUGCUGGCCUCUUCUCGCUGCAGGAAGAAGCUGGCGAAGACCGUCUGACAUUGGACAGUGUCAUCUCGAGCGGCGGAAGCAAUCUGUCUGUCGGGCAGCGCCAGAUCAUUGCGCUCGGCCGUGCCGUAGUGCGACAGAGCAGGUUACUCAUUCUAGAUGAGGCGACGUCUGCUAUCGAUUACGACACGGACGCUAUCAUCCAGGAGUCGUUGAGGAAAGAGAUUGCGAAGGGCGUCACACUGCUCACCAUUGCACACCGAUUGCAGACUAUCAUGGACUCGGAUAAUAUUAUGGUCCUUGAUGCUGGUCACAUUAUCGAAUUUGCUCCUCCAACCGAGCUACUUCAAAAUUCCGACGGCUUCUUCAGAUCCCUGGUAGAUGCUUCGGGAGACAAGGAGAAGCUGUACGCCAUGGCGGCCGAUUAUGCACAGACAAAGACCACUCGCUCUGGUUAGCUCAUUAGAUACUGAAUAUCCCAUGGACUCAACUUUGCCUCGUUAGACAAACUAGCCCGCCGGCCCACCUUGCGCCGAGACUUGUAACGUGGUGCUACCGUGAUCGAUCUUGACAGCAUACUUAGAGGCUCUGGAGUCUGGUGUUCCUU